ACCAGCCCUCCCUAAAAGCAACAACAGACGCUCCAGCAAGCAAACAGAACUGCGAUUUCAGCUGAGAAAUGUCAUGGACAGAGCUCGGGAGGAGCAGGGGAGGGAAACACUCCUCUGUUGAGGAGAAGCUGGAUGAAUAUUUAAUCAACCUGCAGCAUAAAAACAGGGCGUUGAGAAGACUGCAGAGGAAGGAUCCUCGACAGGCCGAGCUGGAGCUUUUAGAGCAAGGCUUCAAUCUUUACAUCAACGGUGCUCAUGUCAGCCGAUCCAGCAGGAAAAGCAUCCAGCCUUCACUAGCGGCCCAUCCGCCAACACAGAGAAACACACACACUGCAGAGAGUGGAGAGAAGUGUGCGAUAGAUCAACAGAAACAGAGGAGCCAUACAGCGCCGGAGAAAACACAGAGACGACGAUGGGUGCAGGAAUCUGUGUACAUCUGCACUGAGAAAGGAAGUAAAGUGAAGAUUUCACCAGAGCACAGAUAUUCUGAUGACUUUGAGCCAUGCGAGAGUGCGGAUAUGGAGUCUGCUCACGAUGGCAGUAAAGCAUCACGUUCUGUGGGUCUGAGGUCACACAGCGAGCCCGAGCCUGUCGACAGAGUUCUUCUGAAUGCUGACCAGGUCAAGGCCCUGCGAUGCAGCCUGGAGCUGAGCGUCAGACGCAGCAGUCGAGACUCAGCCGGAGAGGAGUCAGAGGAGGAGUGGAUCGAGGAGCAGAUUGAGAGAGAGGAGAGCAGCGACAGCCUUCCUGACCUCACACUUUCUGCCCAACCUACAAGCCAGCCAAUCAGCAAGCAGCUCAGCCAUGGUGACCUCAUCAUGCUGGAAUUCAGCCCUUCCUCACAAGGUGGACGAAAGAUCGAGCGCGCUCUCUCAGCUCAAAGAAAAGACAACGUGGAGUCGUACAUCCCCACCAAACCAGUGACCAUCAGGAGACCGACGGAGAGAACGUCUGGAAGCAGACCGGAGACGUCACGGCCGUGCAGUCGUGUAGAGCGCCCCCUGUCUGCGGCUCGUAAGGUGCAGGAGGAGCCAGAUUCAGAGGAAACGGCUGCCGGUGUGUUUCAAGCCCUGCAGAGAGAAAACACACCGGAGGAGGAGGAGGAGGAGGAGGAUCAGUAUCGGGUUAACAGAGCUAUGCGGAGUAUAUCUCUCAUGGAACCGAGGCAGCAGAAGUGUUUGUUAAAGGCUCUCGAGAGGAUUGAUCUCGCUGACAGCAGCAGCUUCUCUCUGACUCAGAGGGAAGCAUCUCCGCAGGUGACGCCUACUCUUUACGUUAGCAUGGAGAUCCUGUCAAACUGGGGUUACCCGGGUCAGGUGGGGCUCACAGAAGUUCAGUUCUUCUGUCCACAAAAUCACAAACUCUUCGUGUCUCCGCAUGACCUGGACAUUCGCAACACGGAUCAGCCCGGGAAUCUGGCUGCCCUCGUCAACGGAAAAACUAAAACCACAAAAGAGCGUCACAUGUGGACUUGUCCAUUCCAUCCGCCCGUCCAGCUUUAUUUUAUCAUCAGGAAUGUGGAACGAUCUCCAAACUUCAGCAUCUCUCGGAUCAAAAUUUGGAAUUAUAACCACAGCCUUAAUGAUCUGGACAUCGGUGCGCAAUACGUGCGCUUGUACGUGAACAGCACUCUGGUGUUCGAGGGUCAGUUGGAGAAGGGCUGUGGUAACCAGGUCUUUGACUACAGCAGCUCCAUUGAGCUCCAGGAACCACAUCUCCCAGAGUGCACCUCUCCAAGCCCGAUCUCUUCAGGACACAGUCUGCCAGACUGCAGCCCGCAUGAGCCAGAGACUCAGGAGUCGAAUGCUGGUGUUUCAGUGGUAGAAACAAGCCAGGACAAAUCUGAUGUAGUUAACCCUGGAAGCAGUGUGGCAGAAAUGCAGAGAGACUCUCUAGAACGACACGACUCUUCUCCUCUGGACCUCACGUUACCCGCCAGCCGGACGGAGGCGAUGCAGACUGUGACCACACAGACGUCCUCCAGUCGGAUUCCACACUGGCUCCAGACGAUGAAUCGAACCGCAGCCAAUGAUGCUGAAGCGUCUCGGGAACGAGAGCGUCCUCAGUGGCUCCAGGCACAAAACACAACUGAAUCCAAACACUCAGUGCUCCCUGACAUCUCGUGCAAUGCUGUAAGCGCCUGCAAACAGGCCUCCAGCCACAAGGGCCCACACAGAACCGUGUCCAGCGAAUUCAUUUCUGAUUCAUUAGAUUUAGACCCCAAUUUGAGACUGAAUUACAGUUUGCGUGCAGAACAAGAGCAGCACUUGAGCGAUCGGUUGGACCAGGAUUUGGCUCUGUGGGAUGAGCAGUUCGAGCGGACCGAGCGGCCCAUCAGUGGCAGGAGAGGUUCAGCACAAUCUGUGAAGAAAACCCAACCAAAUCGCAUGACCGAGUUCACCACAACAGAGGAAAGCAGCCCAAGGUCCGACUGUAACCGAAGACCGAAACCACAUUGGUGUGAACCGGACGACCCGUUAAUGGAGUCCUGGGACUCGUUAACUAAGUUUAACCAGUGUCAGCGAGGGCGGAUCUCCAACAUGGGGCUGGAGGGAGAUGUUUUUGAUGAGUUUGUUCAGCGUCAGUCUCGUCUGACACCCGUCUCCUCCCAACGCCCCUCUGUUUCAGUGCUCCCUGAUUCUGACGACCCUGAAGACGACCCGGGGGACGAGGAAUUCGAGAUCCCGGUUCUCCCACAGGGUCGCCACUUCGUCAUUAACAUCCUGUCCACGUGGGGCGACCGUCACUACGUCGGCCUCAACGGUAUCGAGAUCUUUUCCUCCAGCGGUGAGCCGGUGACCCCGGUCCACAUCACAGCUGACCCGCCGGACAUCAACAUCCUUCCGGCCUACGGGAAAGAUCCACGAAUCAUUACUAACCUGAUAGAUGGAGCGCACCGGACGCAGGACGAUAUGCACCUCUGGCUCGCCCCAUUCACUCCGGGUCGCAAGCACAUCAUCAGCAUGGAUCUGGGUGUUAGAUGUUCCCUGGCCAUGAUCCGUGUUUGGAAUUACAACAAGUCCAGGAUCCACUCGUUCAGAGGAGCGAGAGAAAUGGAAAUGAUCCUCGACGGCCGUUGUGUCUUCCGAGGGGAGAUCGCCAAAGCUUCAGGAACACUCUCAGGAGAAUUGGAUCAGUUUGGCGAUACCAUCCUGUUCACCACAGAUGAUGAGAUCCUGGAGGCCAUGGCGCAGUUUGAUGACACGUUCGAGGGUGAGAUGGAGAAGGACGGAGCGGGUGAUGAGGACGAGGAUCUACAGCGGCCGCAGACUGCUGACGGUGAAGGAGAGGAGAGACCGUUCACACAAGCCGGGUUCAGGACGGAGGACACACUCAUCCAUAUGGAGCUGGAUCACAUCACUGCAGCCGAAGAGGAAACAACAGGACUUUAUACAGGAAGCAUUGUGCAGCUGAAUCUGCUGUCGUCAUGGGGUGACCCUCACUAUGUGGGACUGACGGGGUUAGAGGUCGUCGGUAAGGGCGGUGAGAGUAUCCCCGUUGAUGUUUCUAUGGCAACAGCGUCACCACGUGACCUCAACGACCUCCCCGAGUACAGCAACGACCUUCGAACCCUAGACAAGUUGUUUGACGGGAUGAACAUCACGACAGAUGAUAAACACAUGUGGCUGAUUCCCUUCUCGUCCAGUUCUGAUCACACGCUCAGCGUGAGGUUCGCUCGGCUGCAGACCAUCGCCGGAUUCAGGAUAUGGAACUACAACAAAUCACCUGAAGACUCUUACAGAGGGGUGAAGGUUAUGCAUGUGUUCUUGGACGGAGCGUGUAUUUCUCCACUCGGGGGGUUUCUCAUUCGCAAGGGUCCGGGGAAUUGCCACUUUGACUUUGCACAGGAGAUUCUGUUCAUAGACUACCUACAGUCCAACACGAGCACAGCCGCCCGUAACAGAUCGCCCGCUACGACCAGCGAGAACACCGAGGAUGUGCACGCUCACUGGGCAGGGAACCGGACAGAUGAGUUGCUCAGUAUGGACUAUGAGGCUCCACUGAUGCCAUGUGGAUUUAUCUUCCAGCUGCAGUUGUUGACGACGUGGGGCGACCUCUACUACAUCGGCCUUAAUGGACUGGAGUUCUACGACCAGAAUGAGCAGAAGAUCCCACUCAGUGACAACAACAUUGCUGCGUUCCCCGACAGCGUGAAUGUGUUAGAUAGCGUGUGUGGUGACAUCCGUACACCUGAUAAACUGAUAGACGGUGUCAAUGACACACACGACGGGCAACACAUGUGGCUUGCACCGGUGCUGCCUGGACUGGUGAACCGUGUCUAUGUCAUCUUUGACCAGCCAAUGACGGUGUCCAUGAUUAAAUUAUGGAAUUAUUCCAAAACCCCUCAGCGAGGAGUCAAAGAAUUUGGGCUCUUAGUUGAUGACUUAUUAGUGUAUAACGGGGUUUUAGAGUGUGUGAAGAACGUUUCUCGGGGAAUUCUCCCAACCCUGGAUCCUGUCGUUCCUUACCAAACCAUACUGUUCACAGACAACACGCAAAUCACACACCGAGAGAAGAGCACAGUUAUCAGCAACCAUGUAGAGUACCAGGAUGUGAAGUUGACCAAUGAGAAUCAGAUCAUUCACCAGCACAAGAAGAAACAGACAGCUGACCCAGCUCUGCGGCCUAAAACCUGCAUGACGAAUGUACGGAGACACGGAAAGCAGCGAUACUGAGAGUACGACGGCAGGGUGCAGGUUUUUUAAAAGCAGGUUAUGUUUUUCUUUUUCUGUCUGGGAACAUUUGGAAAACUCAGUACCUUCACCACACACACACACACACACACACACACACACACACACACACACACUUGAACUGUAUGUUAAAGCUGUAUACAUAACAUUUUUUGCUAUGAUGUUGUUGUAUUAUAUAUAUUGUACGUCUUUUUAAAGUAAGUGUCCUUUGACCAUGUCAUGUGAUUUUGUAUAGAAGUCAAUGCAUACUAACAUG